CUACUAUUCGAUUAUUCGAUCGAGGAAGCAGAACAUCAACAAACCUUCAUUAAGGAGCCAUAUCCAGGAACGAAGCAUACGUAUCGAUACGUAGGAUAUCAGAAAUGGCGCCUCCAGCAAAGCAACGGAAGAUUGCCAUUGUGGGCUCGCGCUCAGUUGGCAAAUCUUCCCUGACGGUCCAGUUCGUCGACGGACAUUUCGUGGAGAGCUACUACCCCACGAUUGAAAACACUUUCACCAAAGUUAUCAAGUACAAGGGCCAGGAAUACGCAACAGAUAUCAUCGACACAGCUGGUCAGGAUGAAUACAGUAUACUUAAUUCCAAGCACUUCAUUGGGAUCCAUGGGUAUAUCCUGGUGUAUUCGGUUGCUUCGAUGCAGUCGUUCGAGAUGGUACAGGUCAUCCGUGACAAGAUUCUGAACCACUUGGGGACUGAUUGGGUACCGGUCGUCCUCGUCGGCAACAAGAGCGAUUUGCGACCCGAGCAGCGCCAGGUCACUGCUGAAGAUGCAAAGCAGCUCGCAGAGAAAUACUCGUGUGCAUGGACGGAAGCCAGCGCGCAAUUCAAUGAGAAUGUCACCAAGGCAUUUGAGUUGAUGAUUGCACAGAUCGAGAAGUCACAGAAUCCAAAUGAGCCGACGGGGGGGAAUAAGUGCCUGGUGAUGUAGAGACAGGGGGGAUGAUUUAUGUGUUGGUCGGUAAAUACACCGUGGCAAUCGAGGCAUGGCCGUCCUAUUAAAUAGGUUGGAGAGUUCACCAGAGUUAUAUAUCUGCCUCAGGGGCCUUUUCCAACUUGAAAGAAGCAUGGCGCAAGAGAUUUGUCAAGCACGUCCUCAACCCCACAGGCCAACUCUACCUCACCUCUCUGAUACGAUUUGCUUUACUGCAAUAGAUAGGAUAGCUCAGAAUAAUAGAGCAGAGGCAAUGCUGGCA